AAUUUGAUACUAUGAAGAUUAAUUGCAUAUAUUUACAAUGCGAGUUGUAAUACACUGCGCAUAAAUAUAAAAUGCAAACUGAAGAUACUACUUCUGUCUUACCAGUAGUACAACUUAAUGUGCAUAGAACAGUCACUAGAAAAACACAGCCUUGUUUAAAAGAUUCAACACUGGAAUCAAAAAAGCUGUCAGCUUGCAAAAAUAUAUUACUUCCGAGCAAAAAAUGCUUAAAUCCCUUACUUGGUGCACCAUAUAGAGACAGCAUGAAACAGCAAUCACUAUUGGAUGAACAAAAAUCUAAUAAAAGUAUGCUCAAGCAAAGGAUAAUGUCAGCAAAAAUGCUUCGUUUUAAAGAAUUACAAAAUCAAUUAGCUGAUGCACAUUAUCAUCUUAAUGAACUAGCAAACGAAAACAGAUUAUUAAAGGCGUUACAGAAAAGACAGGAUUCUGCAUUGAGACGUUAUGAAGGAACAAAUGCCGAGCUACCGAGGCUUAUCAAUUCGCAUCAUGAAGAGUUGAGAGUACUUCAAACAAAAUAUAAGAAAUUGAAGGAAUUACAUAAAGAUACAUGCAAUAUGUUAAGGGAAAAAGAAAACGAACUUUAUUCUGUGAAUUCACAAAAUAAGCAUCUAUUGCAACUUAGUAAAGAUCGAAAUCUCGAGGAGAGAGAAAAAUUACAGUUACAAUUAUCCGACAUGAAUUAUAAAAUGCAACAGCAACAAAAAACUAUACAGGUGUUACACAGGAAACUCACCCUUGAAACUAAAAGCUUGAAGCAUCAAUUACAUGUUGAGAUUUCUAAGCACAAAGAGACACAAAAGAAUUUACAAGAGACGAUAGAGAAAUUGAAAAAUUUAGAAUGUUUAUUAGACAAUAGAGAAAAAAGAUUGUACUAUAAUGGUCAAUUGCCAAUUUAUAAUAAAGAAAAAAACUUAGGUAGUCAUUCUCUUACAAAUCUUAGAGAUGUCAGCAUCUCUAAUCCAAUUAAAGCAUCUAGUAGAAGUAAAAAAAGUGAAAAUGGUAUGCCAAAGGAUAAUUUGCCAUCACUCGACAUAUUAGAAUCCAAUGACGAUGAAAAAGUAACUCGGCUAACAAAUAAUGUUAAUCGCAAUCAUUCUGUAGAUCAGUUAAAAUCAGAAACAAUGGCAAACUUACAACAGAUACGAAAGUUUCGUUUACAAAGAUCGCCACAUAUGCGUAAAACUGCUCAUUCAAUGGAUGACUUGAGGCUUAGAUCAAGGGAUUUAGAAACGAGAGCGCAUGACGAUGAAAAAGUCAAAUCGACAGAUUAUACAGCGAUACUGGAGAGAGACGAAUUAAAUAAUCAAAAUGAAAGCGGCAAAUUGAGAAAAUUAUUUAAUCGAUUAAAAAAUCAGAAUUCACAAAAAUUGCAGAAGGAGUUGAAUCCUGAUUUCGAUUAUUCAUCCGAAGAUGGAGAAAGUGAGAAUGAUGCUAGUGAAUAUUACAUUCAGUCUUAUGAUACUCCACAAAAAUCUAGAGAAUUGUACGCAAGAUUGAUUAAUAGCACAGAUACUUCCGACACUUUGGACGAUAUAAUGAAAAAGGCAAGAGAUUAUAGUGACGAUGAGGAGAAGGAGGAGGAGGCGGCAGAAUUGAACACACAUCUAGUAGAAGACUUAAUGUUUCAGAAGGACAAGUACAAGAGUAAAUUAAAAAUAUUACGUUAUAGGGAUAACGAUCUUUAUAACAGUGGUUCCGACGUUGAUUCCGACGGAAAGAUAUAUACGAACGGGGAUUUUUCCAUUGAAUAUAAAAGCAAUGGCCUUCAAACUAAUUUACCUAAGUACAUGGAAGAGCAAAUCGGUGCCGCUCAUUCGGAAUACAACACUUUGGACGUCGCGGAACGAUCUGCGAGAAGAUCAAAGGGUGUACAGCAGAGGAUAUCUGAUAACGCUCAGAAUGAUGUCAACGUAGGUAGCACAGAUGUUUCUCAACAAUUUUCAAAUAAAAUAUCGCUGGAUAAAGAACAACUUUUAGCAAGUAAGGAAGUAGAUAAUGCCUUCACGAACAUCAAAAAAGAAGAUUGUACAAAAGAAGAAGAAACAAAAUAUUUAGAAGAUCAGUCAAUGUGUGUGGACAUAUCACGUGACAAGUUUUAUUGUGAUAUAAACAACACAUCUGAAAAAAUGGAAACUCUAACAAGUUCGGAGAAUAAGAAAAUCGAAAAAAACUCACAGCAAGUCUAUGAAAAGGAUGAGAGCAGUCAGCCCAUGGAUAAUAUGGAAAAAGAAUAUUUUCAGUCUGAAGCGAAAGAAAUGUCCAGUGUGAUGUACCGCGAUGAACAAAUGUCGAAUAAAAAUGACGUCAAUACAGGAACGCAGAAUAAAUCGAACGCUUCGUUAGAGAAUGUUGACGAAUCACCCAACAAUGUGAUUCGCCAGACUGAACAGGAUAAUGGCAUAAAGAGCGAAGCGAAAGAACUAAAACAAGCGACAAGUGACAAGAAGAAAAUUAACUACAAUAAGGAGAAGUUGUUGGCCACGAUGAAAGCUAUCGACGACAACGAAAAUAUUGAGUUCCUAAGCCAAGGAUUCAAGAAUCAUAACGUGAGCCGGAUGCAGAUAAUGGAGAACCUGCAUCGCGGCUUACCGGCACACUCAAAGCCAAAGCGCGAUAUUAUUAGAGAUAUAUUUGAGGACAAUCAUAUAGAAAGUAAAGUCAGGAGCACUUGUAGUAAAUCUCAUUGAAAUUUUAGAAAUGAUCGCAUUAGGGAUCAUAAUAAAGAGCACAAGUCCUACUUUCGUCUUGCCUUCCUUAAUUCCAUUGAGCUUUUUAUUCGCGAAUUUUGCCAAGAGGAGAAAUAAAAUAUUUAAAGAAGGAAUUCCUUCUUAAUAUAAUGUAUUAAUUAAUAAAUAC